AUGACUUGCUUAGAAGAGCUUCCUACAGAGAUCAAGGGCCUCAUAAUGGACGAGAUUUCAUUGCUGCCAAACCCUUAUAGCAACCUUCUCAAUUUGGCACACACGUGCAAGCAGCUUUCCACCCAUGCCCUUCCUCAUCUUUAUCUCAACGAUGUCAGGAACUCAUUGGGGGUUGACAACUCUGAGUCAAAUAUGCCCCUGGCCCUCCAGUGGGCUUGCUGGUUCGGAGUCUUGGAGGCAGCCAAAAUGUCGUUAGAAGGUCUACGAAGAGCUGGCGUGGUAAAUAUCAAGCGCAAAAUCGACCAGACUUUCGACAACGGAACCCUCUACAACUUGCGUUGCAAGAAAGCGAAGAAGACGGGGCCUUCUGGUCCAGCUUUAAGUUAUGGAUACUUGCAUUGGGGGAGCCGAAGUGGUCUUUUGCAUUUGGCGUGUCUGCGCGGAAAUACAGCCAUUGCCGAAUUACUUAUAAGCACUGGCGCUGAUCCGGAUGCCCCAGAUGGAAAGGGCCUUCCUCCAUUGGCCUAUGCAUUGAACGAAGACGUAGUCAAGUUUCUUAUCAAAAGGGGAGCCGAUGUCAAUGUGACUCACAGCGGUUCAGACGAAACUGCAUUAUGCCAUCUCAUAUCCUGGGGACCAAGGGAUCAGUGCGACUGGCAGAAAGAGUUCAACACACCUCACGGUGGUGGUGCUCUCAACCUAUCAGACAUCCACCAAGAUCAACUUGGUGCUAUCCGCUAUCUUAUCCUCCAUGCGAACGCGGAUAUUUAUGCAAAUAAGAUUGACAGAGUCAACCCUCUACGCAUGGCCGCACUGACACGAUACAUUGAAGUCGUCCAAAUUCUUUUGGAAGCCGGUGCUUCGUCAAACCCACUCAGCAUCGCGACGAAUAGCAAGAGGUUCUUACUUGCGGAUGCUUUGAAAUCGAGCCGGAAUCACUGCGUUGUCAACAUGCUUCUAGAGUUUGGGGCCGAGGCUGACCUUGAUCAAAUACCUGACCACGAUCUCACCAAAUUGGAGGGCGACCAGCUUCCCAUCAUGCACCUUACAACGCCAGGCAGUAAUCCACGAUAUGCGAAAGAAGAAGCUGACAUGGCAGAAAUUAUCUGCAAGAAAAUCAAGCACUUCAACAUAGUUGUUGACGGGCACCGGCCGCUAUGGCACUAUGUGAGGCAAGGACGGAUAGAUAUUGGCCGAAUUUUGAUAAAGCACGGUGCAAGUCCUCAACUAGCAAACGUUGAGGUCUUAGAUGAUGUUCUAGAGCUGGUGGCAAACUGA